CGCGACUGAUCGAUCGACGUUUGCGAAAUUUGUUUACAUUACAUUUGUCAUAUGAAAUUUUAUUUAAUAUUAUUCAAUUUUAUUCACGUUAUAUUUUGAUCAUUUUUGUGUGCUACUUGAAUCUAUUCUGAAAAUGUCGCUGUGUCGUGCCUGUGGAUAUGGCCAUACGGUGAACGAUGCGCGGUUCGAAAACUUCGAGGACCAUGCACGGAUCUUCUUUGCACUGACGUCGAUUCAGCUUCACGAUCACGAAGACCCUACCCUGUUGCAGCUGUGUUCGGACUGUGUGGACAAGCUAACCGAGUUUGAUCGUUUCCGGGACGUUUGUGUUCAGGUUCACUAUGGGCUACAAGUGAAAACUGAACCGGAGCAUGAUGCGCUCAAGCAAGAGGAAGCAGAUAAACCGGAAGGACACUUUACAGACGAAGAAAUGAUUUACAAUGAAGAGUCUUCGGAAAUGCCCUUCACAUCGGUACUGUUCGUUCCGAGUGAAGACACGGUCAAAAACGAAUACCUUUCAGAAGAAGACGAAGAAGAGGACAAAAAACCCGCCACCAAUUCCCCCAGGAAGAAGAUGCGUGCCAAAUAUGGCAGCAAAAAGCCCCCGCAGAAGCCCAUCCAACACAGCUGCGACCAAUGUGCGGAAGUGUUUCAAGAUCGUCUGCUGAUGGUGGCGCACAAGCGAGGCCACGAAGGUCUGGCGCCUUUCUUCUGCGAACCCUGCGAGCGUGAGUUCGCCACGCUGUUGGACAUGAAAAUUCAUCUGGCCGAACAGCACACCGAACGGAAGGCCUGGAAGUGCGACCAGCCGGGCUGCGAGGAACACUUCGCCAGUCACCAAGCCCUGAGGCAGCACAAGCUCAAAACGCACGAUCCCAACUACACGAAACCGAAGCCCCGGGUGAGCAUCUGCGAAGCGUGUGGCGAUACGUUCGAUAGCAGUCAGAAACUGAGACGGCACAGGUUCGCCGUCCACGAGCCGGAGGAGAAGCCUUACGCGUGUGAGAUCUGCUUCCUAAGGUUUUCGCUACCGCACAGACUCAAGAAGCACAUGUUGCGUCACGAAGGCGUCCGGAACCACGUCUGUCCAUACUGCGGAGCGGCGAAGAUUACCAAAGGCGAGUUGACCUCGCACAUAAAAAACAUUCACCCGAGGGAGCGGGAGUUGGCGAACGAUAUCUAUCAUGUGGCGUUCGGCAGACAACUGGCGGAUGCAAUUACAACCAGUAAUGACGAAAGUGGCGCCGCGGAGGCGAGUUCGAAGAAGUCGAAAAGUGAGAAAUCGUGGAUGCGCAAUGAGAGGAAGAUCAAUCGGAACAAUGGCAAAGCGUACGUUCGGAAGGAUAACGUGGUCGUCGAGGGGAAAUCCUUUCAGGAGAACUUUGACUGCGGUUGUCCGAAACAGUGCAAGGCUAAUUUUGAGAGCGAAGCGAUCCUGCAGCAGUUUUUCUCGUCCUUCUGGAAUCUCGGUGACUGGCAGAAGCAGAAUGCCGUUGUUGCGGAUCAGGUAAGGGGGGUGGAUGUCAAUCGGCACCGUCCGAGAUCGGAAACCAAUCCUCGGACGGAACGAACGCUUCAAUUUCAGUACUUUAUACCGUGCAAGCAGGAGAACGUGCGGGUUUGCCAGAGGUACUUCUUGGGAAUUCUGCAGAUCAGUGCCGGCCGGCUGUACAAGUGUUUGGGUAGGAAGAGUCCGAAUAAAAAGCGGAAGAAACUGGAGGAAAAUCUCAUGGUCGCGAUGAUCCUGAGAAGCCUGCCAAGCUCGUUCGACACCCUGACUACCGCACUCGAAAGCCGUUCGGACGACGAACUCACCCUGGAGCUUGUCAAGCGGAAACUUCUGAACAAAGCAUCAAAGAAGCAAGGAUCCGGAUCGGAUUCCGCGAUGAAAGUCGAACCAGGGAAGAAGAAGGUGGGCCACAUUCAGAAGGAGUGCCGUCAGUAUCAACGGGAUAACGAGAAGGAAGUAAAGUUGGGUAAAACGGGGAAGCCUACACCGAAACAGGAGAGCACCGUGUCGUUUGCAUUUCUGACGCUGGCCUGCGGAAGCAAAACUGAAAACGGAACAAAGCCUUGGAUCGUGGACUCGGGCGCGACAAGCCAUACCGUCGCGAGCCGAGAUUUCUUCCGAAAACUGCACGAGAGCGAAGUCAAGCACGUCACGUUGACCGACGGGAAGAAAGCAAUUGUGGAAGGAGAAGGUCCUGGCGUGAUCCAGUGCUACGACGACAAGGGUAAGCAAACCAAGAUGAGAUUGUCCAAAGUGCUGUACACACCCACGUUGGCGAUGAACCUUUUGUCCGUUCCGUCGUUGGUGCGGAAAAACGCAACUAUUAUUUUCGACAACAACGGUUGCCGGGUGAUGCAUGGAAACCAAACCGGAAACCUGGCUGACGGAAACCAUCCGAAGGGCUGCAAGCAUGAGUGUCAUCGCAAGUUUGGACACCGUGAUCCCAAUGCGAUCGACGGAUUAAAGAUCAGUCAAUACGAUGUGAAUGAAGCCUGCGAAUGUUGCUGCCAGGGUAAAAGCACGCCUUUCCCCAAAGAGUCGAAAUCCCGUUCGGAGGCGCCCCUAGAUCUCGUGCACACGGACGUGUGCGGACCGGUGGAAGUACCAUCAGUGACCAUUAUCGACGAUUUUUCGAGGUUCUGUGUGUUGUACUUGCUGAAGAAGAAGUCAGAAGUGCCGGACAAGAUCAUCGAGUUCGUGGAGGCGGUCAAGACCCAAUUUGGUCGUAAACCAAAGGUGGUGCGAUCCGAUCAAGGAGGAGAUCCUCAACAGAACGGGGUUUCGAAGCGACGAACCCGCUACCUCAUCGAGAUGAGAUGGUGCCUUCUAUUCGACGCUGAACUGGAACCGUACUACUGGGCGGAAGCGCUGAACAUGACAAUGAACCUGCAAACAUUUCAUCAUCAAGAUCUGUUAAAGUCACUCCGUACGAGUUGUGGUACAACCAAAAGCCGGACGUUGGCCACCUCUAAUGAGCACAAGGCGUAUCGUUUCUUGGACAAGUCAACGCGAUUGGUGUACAUCAACCGUGAUGCAAAGUUUGUCGGGGGCGAACCAGAAGAACCCGCGGAAAACAUUCAGGAGGAGAAUACGAUCGAGUUCCAAUUGACACUGAAGCCCAACGUAGUAAAUAUACCAACGAGCGAGUUCAUCGGUCGCGAUCCAAAUGAAGACGACGAAGGUGACGGGUACGAUACGGCUAUCAGUGGGACAGAUGAAGAGUUCACCAACAGCGAUGACGAAGCCACCGAGAACAUCGAGCCACCGAUUGAACUACAAAGAUCCACGAGGAGCACGAGCAAUUCCGUGGCUGAACCACGAAGUUAUUCCGAAGCAAUCCAAUGUCCGGAGAAGGAAGCAUGGCAACUCGAAGGUAGACCGACCACCAUGGACUUGUGUCGAGCUUGCGGCGAGAGCGGUUUCGACAGACCGAAAGAGGAUGGAAAGGGGAACCGUCUCUACGGAAUCUACUACAAGCUUACGGGUAUCCAGCUGACCGAAGUCGUGAAUCGCGAAGGGAUGACAUUCUGCAGCAGUUGCAUCGACGAUUUGAACCACUUCGAUAAGUUCCGGAAGAAAUGCCUUGAGGUUUACGAGCGGCUGAAGGAUGUGAAAGUGGAAGCAUGGCAAGAUGAUAUUUCUGUGCUUGUAGAAGUGAAAAUAGAAGAUGAACUUCCUAUAAGUAAAAAACGGUUGAAAACAGAAGAAGAAUCAUACGAAAAGGAUCCUGUUGAGCAGGAAGAGGAAGAUGAAAAGGACAAAAUUGAAAUAAAAGACGAUGAUAUUGAUGAGCAGGAUGAUGCAGAUUCAGAUAAGGAUUUCGAUAACGCGGACGACGAUAGCUAUGAAGAUGACGAUGACGACAGUGUGUAUGAUGUUAAGCAAAGAAAAACGAAAUCUGUCGAAAAGGCCUCUUCAAAGAAGAAAAAUCAAAUCAAAAACAAAAAGGCUCCCAAAUCAAAAGGAAGACCUAGGAUUCAUCCCGUCAAUCCAAACAAAAAGCCACCCAUGAAAUUCAUCAAUUGUCCAAAAUGUCCUAAGAAGUUCUUUUUCGAACACCGUCUGGAAGCCCAUCUACGAGUUCACGAAGGCUUGAAGCCCUUCCUGUGUAAGCUCUGUGGCAAAAGUUUCAUUACCUAUCGGAACAUCAAAACCCAUCACAUCCAAAAACACACGGAUACGAAGAUCGCCAUCCCGUGCGGCGCUCCCGAUUGUGACGCGGUGUUCGCCACUAAAGAAGGAGUCAAACGGCACCGACAGCGCGUUCAUGACCCGAACUAUGAAAUCCCCGAACCGAUAGCGUUCAUCUGCGACACCUGUGGCAAUUCGUACACGACAAAAGCGGGCCUGGUCAGACAUCAGUAUGCGCACAACCCCGAGGAUAUGCCGUUCCCGUGUAGCUUUUGUCCGAAAAAGUUUUCCACCAAACCGAAGCUGUACAUCCACACGAAACGGCAUCAGGGCAUCCUGGACUUUGAGUGUCCUCAUUGUGGUCUGAAGAAACCGUCCAAGUACGAGGUCAGGCAGCACAUCAAGAACGUCCACGAGAAACAUAAGCGGACGGAGCCCAUCAUUUGUACCGCAUGUCAGACGGUCUUCAGCAGUCAGGCUGGUCUCAAACGGCACAUCGACGUGGUACAUCUGAAGAUCAAAAAGUUUUCCUGUACGGUCUGUGGAUUCAUGUUCAGUCAGAAGGAUCAUCUCAAUCGGCACAUGAAGAGUCAUAAGAGGCAAGGAGAUAUCGCUAGUUUGCCCUCUGAAACCCCACUGAAUGUACCAACGGAUGAAUGAAUAGCUAACGCAACUUCUCAUGCGUUUCUGUUUUAUUUUCGAUGGGUUUAUUUCGGUCAGUAUAUCUGAGUAUAUGAAGCAACGUCACAGUUUUGUGUGUUGGACAACGAUUCAGAUCCAAUCGGUUGAAGUCCGUUAUGUAAUCCGUAAUUAACAUGAAGACUUUUGAGGAAUAAAGAGGUCAUCACACAA